AUGUCUUCAGAACGUAAACUUAAAUUACCUAAGCUUCCAAAAAAUAUUAAAAAAGAAAAAAAUCUAAAGAACACAGCUUCAGAAACUAAAUCUAGAGCAUCUAUUAGUACAAAAUUCACUUUAAAACUGGUAGCAAAUGUUAAAAGUAAUAUCGAAAACUUUGCAGUAAGACUAGGACUCAAUAAAUUUAUAAAAAAUAAAGAUGAGUGGAAGAAAUUUUAUGUCUUCGCUAGCUCAGAUUUCAUUUGGUCUCAACCCUCGACGGACAUUAAUGAGCGUCGCUUAAUUUUUGAUUAUGUUAUCAAUCCAGAUUGGGAUCCAAUCAGGGAAGAACUCGCCAUAAAUGCACUUGAAUAUUGUUAUUUACUCGAAUUUAACACUCUUGAUCUAUUGCAGGGUACACAUAUAUUAAUCGUUCAUGAGAAAUUUGUUAGGUACAGAUCAAGUAAAGAAGAAAAGAAAAUGAGGGAGGAUUAUCCGGAAUGCUAUUACGUAUCUGUUAAAGAACAUAUUGUUAAAUUGCGUAGAUUUUUAGCAUCUGAUGCUAAUACAAAUGCAGGUGCAGAAAAAGAGUGGCAG